AUGUCCCUUGUUGAAUUUCUCACUUCGCCUCUUGGACUGGGUCUGAGUGUUGGACUCACUCUGGUCAUCAUUUACUUUGUUUUCUUCACUGGAAAUUCUGAUGAAACACCAACCAAUGAAACCGAUGAAAUUGUGCACUCCAAUAGAGCUGGAAUUACUCGUAAGGAAGUUGCCGAACACAACUCGAUGGAUGAUUUAUGGGUUAUUAUUGAUAACAAGGUGUAUGAUUUGACCAAGUUUGCACCCUCUCAUCCUGGUGGUGAUGUUAUUGCCCGUAAUGCUGGUGGUGAUGCUACUGCCGGAUUCUAUGGUAUUCAACAUCCCGAGAGAGCCUUUGUUGAAAUUGAGGACAUGAUUGUUGGUACUUUGAAGGAAGAGGAACACGCCAGAUACAUUACUCCAGAAGAAAUCGCCAAGCACAACACUGAGAAGGAUUGUUGGAUUGUUAUUGCCACUCGUGUUUAUGACGUUUCUCCCUUCCUAAAGACUCAUCCUGGAGGUGUUUCAGCAAUUAUGAAGUACGCCGGUGGUAAACAAGAUGCUACCAAGGCUUUCCUCGAUAAUCCAAGCCAUCCAUUCCCUGAUGCCAAGUCUGAUUUGUAUCCACUCUUCAUUGGAUACGUUUCCAAGGAUGGAGUCAAUCCAUUCUCUGACAACAAGAAGAAGGCAGCAGUCGAAAAACAAAAGAAACUUGCUGUUAAAUAA